CGAAAACAACACCAUCUUAUUUUUCCAAAUUUCCCCUUUUCCUUCCCAAUUGCAUUUGUGAGACCGAGCAAGAGGAGAGGGAAGAGAAAGGGUUUCGGACAACGACAAGGACGGGAUGGAGGAGGAGCUCAUCCGGUGUUCGGCUGCCGGUGCAGAUGAGUACAAGUCAUCUGUUGGGUCGCCAAGAAAACAGGCUACCGGAAAGGAAGUUGAGGAGGGUAAAGAGAGGGAUGAUAUUUCUAAGUCCAUGGAGAGGCUGUACAUCAAGUCUGCAGAUGCAGGGACUUCAUCAACCAAUUUCAAAAGAAAGCCCGUUAUCAUCAUUGUUGUAGGAAUGGCUGGGAGUGGAAAAACAACUUUUCUUCAUCGCCUGGUUUGUCAUACACAAGCGUCUAAUAUUCGGGGCUACGUAAUGAAUCUUGACCCUGCUGUCAUGACACUUCCAUUUGGUGCUAAUAUUGAUAUUAGAGACACAGUCAAAUAUAAGGAAGUGAUGAAGCAGUUCAAUCUUGGUCCUAAUGGUGGAAUCCUGACAUCACUCAACUUGUUCUCUACCAAGUUUGAUGAGGUUAUUUCUGUUAUUGAAAAACGAGCAGAUCAGCUAGAUUACGUUCUUGUGGACACUCCUGGUCAAAUUGAGAUAUUCACCUGGUCUGCUUCUGGUGCAAUAAUAACAGAAGCUUUCGCCUCAACUUUUCCAACUAUAAUCACUUAUGUGGUAGAUACACCACGUUCAUCCAAUCCACAAACUUUCAUGAGCAACAUGCUCUAUGCUUGCAGCAUCCUCUACAAGACACGAUUACCUUUGGUGUUGGCAUUUAACAAGAUCGAUGUGGCCCAGCAUCAAUUUGCCUUGGAGUGGAUGGAAGACUUCGAGAUAUUUCAUGCUGCACUUGAUGUAGAUCAUUCGUACUCAUCAACCCUUACGAGAAGCCUCUCUCUUGCUCUGGAGGAGUUCUACAAGAAUCUAAGGUCUGUUGGAGUGUCUGCUGUUUCUGGAGCUGGAAUGGAGGCUUUCUUCAAGGCCAUUGAAGCUUGUGCUGAAGAGUACAUGGAAACGUACAAGGCUGAUCUUGACAAUAGGCGGGCAGAGAAACAGCGUUUGGAGGAAGAACGGAGACGGGAGAGCAUGGAAAAGCUGAGGAAUGACAUGGAAAAGUCCAGAGGAGAAACUGUGGUCUUGAGCACUGGUUUGAAGAAUAGAAAAGCCAGGAAUGGGGACAUGAUGGAAGAAGAAGAGGAAGAGGAGGAUGAAGAUGAUGAUGAUGUCGGUUUUGAGAACUUUGAGGAAGAGGAAGACGUUACAGACGAGGGUGAAGAUGAAGAGAUUGCUAGUUUUUCAAUUUAGCUCACAUUUUCCUGGAAAGUUUUCUUAACCCAAAACUUUGUAUAGGACUUGCAGCAACAAUGCAUAACUGUAAGUGUUAGAAAUAUGACAUUUGAUGUAGCAUUUAGUAAGUGGCACAGUAAAAUGUGAUCCUUUACAUUGAA